CAAUUAUAUUGUAGUGAACAAAUAAUACAAGUUCAAUGGGUUCACUACAAAAUAACAGGUACUUCCCAUUAACAGAUCCAGUUUUGUGUUAAUUACAAAGGAUCGAAUCAAGCAUUUUGUCAAUUCCAUUUCCUCAUGAAGCUUGUUAGGCGUUUAGUUGUACUGGCAGUUCAACUUGCAGUCAUAGUAUGUACAAGUUAUCAACUGACAAAAUUACUAUUUCAAUUCAAAUGGGAGGAACAAUUCGGCUUAUCACGAAAUGAUGAUGGUUUCUCCUUCAAUGAAUUAUCACGUGAAAUUUAUUCAAGUUCAGUAGGUAAUUUAAAUCAGACCUAUUAUACUGCAUCACAAAUGAAGAAGUAUGAAAAUAAAAUUACACUCGGAUUUACUGAGAAAGAUCUUGAAGAAUUAUAUGAAGUGAAUUCUACUCCGGCUGCCAGAAAAAUAAUUCUCAACUAUGGAAACAUUCGUAUCAAUAUUAUUCGAAACUUCUCCUUCUGUUUCGCUUGUGAUUGUGAACUGAUUUUCGACAGAUCAAGAUGGCUUGAAGCCGAUGUUAUAAUCUUGACGGAUCACUUGUAUCCCAAAGGUCCAAGACCACCAAAUCAACUAUGGUUUAUUUUUGUACAUGAAUCUCCCUCAUACAUCAGAAUCGCUGAUGGAUUGGAAAAUAAAGUCAACUACACAAUCUCUUAUCGAAUGGAUUCAACAAUUUAUGUACCGUAUCACAAUUAUAACCCAUUUGUUGCUAGUCAUGGUCCAGAUACAAAAUACGUACUCCCUUCCCGUAACUAUGCCACUGGUAAAUCUAAAAUGGUAGCAUGGUUUGUAAGCAACUGUCAACCUAAAAGUCCGAGAAUGAUGUAUGUAAAAGAAUUAUCUCGUCAUAUUCAAGUUGAUAUUUAUGGUAGAUGUGGCACUCUGACAUGCCCUAGAAAAGUCGAUGCUCAAUGUUUUACUCUACUUGGAAAGCAUUAUAAAUUCUACCUGAGUUUUGAAAACAGUUUAUGCCCUGAUUAUAUUACGGAAAAGCUUUACAGAAAUGCAUUAAUCAACAAUGUAAUUCCAGUUGUGAUGGGUGCCUCAUAUGAAGAAUACAAGCGUGUCGCUCCUCCUCAUUCAUUUAUUCAUGUGGAUCAGUUUGAAUCCCCAGAAAAGCUUGCCAAUUAUUUGAAGUAUUUGGACAGAAACGAUACUGCAUACAAUGAGUACUUCUCAUGGCAUGAACAUGGGACCAUAGAUGUUUGGUUUCCAUUGCCUCAAUGCGCUAUAUGCUUAUUUGCACAUACCGCUCAUAAACUGAAACCGUAUACAUUCCCAAAUGUUUCGAAAUGGUGGAACGAUGCUUGUGUUGGUCGUAAACUACGCUGGAAUUCUGUCGAUUAGCGAUUUUUCACAGUUUUGAAUAAUACUUAUAUCACAGGUAACUAUGAUUUUGACUCUGUAUACUGUAAAGAGAUUACGAUUUUAUUAGUUUGUUAUUUUUAUCAAAUUGUUUAAAGUUUAAUGAAAUUGUAAAACUACCAGUCAAUAUAAUUAAACAAU